GGGAUGGUAGCAGCUCGAUCGUGUCACUGAUUCUCUGAAUUUCUGAAUCUCAUCUCCCAACCCAAACAACCAGGCAGGCUAGGCUACGGCGUUGUGAUACUCAAACUGCCAAGGUCAAAGUCUGCAAGAGUAUUAAUUGGAUUCCUGUUGUGAUCUGCGAGUGAACCGUACACCUGUAAUCGUUGGUGUAGCUCUUCAAGAACACGCGUUCCCUUUAAAGGAGUAAUGUCACUGGAUUUGUUCAGAAAGGAGCUGAAUUGGAAGGUUUCAGAGUAACGACUUCACUGACUUCGACAGCUGUUGCAUAACUAGCACAUUUGUCUAGGAAGAAAAUACGACCACGUCUUUACACAGAUUCUGACUGGAGAUUCUGACUCUCUCUCUUGUACAUGCACUCGAGGAUUGAAAUGUGGACUCGUGCCAUAGUAGACGGAGUGGCGCUUUCUGCAUCAAGUCCUUGAUCUAGCUCAAUGCCAAAGUUAUUCACAUCCAUUUCUAUAUAUCACUUCGAUACUGCACACGUAGAAUGGCAGCCCAAUACGAUGAGGACUUUUCGACUUGGUUUGAGGAAUUUGCGAAUACAUUCGCUACUCUGUCGCCGACCAAGAGACAAGAAUUCAACGAGCGCUGGUUGCAGCUCUGCUCGGCAAGUGAAGUCGCGCAUCUAGCCAAGACCUGCGAGGAGAUGUCGUACCGCGACUUUGUCGUGGAGCUGCCGCCAGAGCUCGUGCCGCUCAUUCUGCAGCACCUGGACUGGAAGUCGCUGCUGUGUUCGAUGCGUGUCAGUGCGCGCUGGCGACAGGUCAUCAUUGAGCGCGGUCGCGGCGUGUGGUUAAAUAAACACUGGCCGUGGCCGGUGGACUUGGGCCGCCACCCGGUAUAUACAAGCGGGCACCGUGGCAGUGCUACUGACCCUAGUGAUACUGCCGCUGUUAGUAGCGGCGGCAUCAGCGCUACUUCCUCUGUCGCGGCUGCCGUUAGCAGUGGUGCAGUCUGCGCAGGCCACCCGUACGAUAUCGUCCUCGGCGAACUGCGCUGGCGCAAGCGUCUCGACAACCGCCUGCUGCAGUGCAACCUGACCAUGUGCACGCCGAGCGAAGCAAGUGCAGAAGCUCUGGUCGAAGUGUCGGAAGGCGAGCGUCUCUCCGCCAUCGCCUGGAACGGAGAGGGCCUUCUUGCUGCGUUCCCACACCAUCCGCAAGGCGUUAUAUGCCGCGUGCUCAACCCCAAGCCUUUCUUAGGCAUUGCUGAGACUACACCACUGUCGUUCAGUGUUCCCGGUGGCUGCCGUAAGGCCAAGUUUCUUCGUCCAAACGAUCUAUUCCUGGCAUCGUACAGUGCGUUUCACAUCCUCAAGGUUACAUUUGACAAUGAUUUGAAGACAGUUGAGCAAGCGUUUCACGGACACACCAACUUGGUGUUGGACUUCGUAGCGCUGGAAGGACCCGGGGGCAAUCAUCUCGUGUCGUUAUCGCGUGAUCAGACCGUCAAGCUGUGGGAUUACACCACCGCAGAGUGCUGUGUCACGGUUAACUUGGACCCAGCACUCAAGCCUGUCUCAGUGGCCGCUGGGUGUCUGGCCAGCGGACCAUCAAGCGCCGGCCAAGACUCCAUUGCUGUAGCCGUGUACUUUCAAGAGUGUGUCAAACUGAUGUGUAUCCCGAUGGACGUCAAGCAGAUUCUGGCGGCUGAGGGGCCGCACGUUUUGCUGCGUGUGAGCGGCUUCAAGGGUCCGGCGAAGGGUGACGUUGUGCUGCUACGCGGUCACACUCUCUACUUCACCGGCGUGACCAGCGUGGUGGCCGUGCACCUGAAGCUCAGCCAGGACGGCCAGGUCCUCUCGCACACCGUCAAUCGUCUACUACUCGAUACUAAAUCGCGCCUGCAGGCUAUUGUGCCAGUUGCUUUGCACCCGCUGUCAGCUGCCUCGGAUCACGGUGUCCUGUAUGCUCUGUCAGACCUGUCCAUAUGGCAGUGGACCGACGAUGGACAGGGCGGUCGCAGUGAGAUGGUAAAGCGCGAUCGCCUAUGCCCAGGACUGCGUGACUCGCGCAUCAAGGCGGCGCACCCGGGCCUUGUCUGUUUGAACUGGCCGCUAAUCACGGCACGUACGGUGGCCGUGUCGCGGCCCGUCAUUAUCAGCUCGCCAUCGGGCUUCCUCUCGUUUUCGUCUUUCUUCUUGGAGAACAACAGUCGCAAUCCAUCAGAGACUGCAACAGUAUGAGUGCUCAGACCGCGAGAAUCGCCCCGAUUGUUUUGAAACGAAUUGGGAGACGUCCGCAUUGUCGAUGUGAAGCAGGUGAAGCAACCCGAAUGGCGGAGAUGGCAGAGGAUCCUGUUGUCCAUCAUGAUGCAGGGUUCACCAGUAGCAUGACAGAGCUGGUAUCGGCAGCUAUCACUGGCUAGCUCUAAACAGUCCAAACACCACUGUCUGGGGGGUCAUGCACCUGCAAGUAUGUAUACCGACUAAGUGCACUGCUGUACAACAAGCAUUCAGCAAUGCUGCUGAUGAUGAUGAUGCCGGUGUUGUGCUAGUAUGUAUACCGACUAAGUGCAACAAGCAUUCAGCAAUGCUGCUGAUGAUGAUGCCCGUGUUGUGUCAGUAUGUAUACCGACUAAGUGCAACAAGCAUUCAGCAAUGCUGCUGAUGAUGAUGCCCGUGUUGUGUAAGUAUGUAUACCGAUGAAUCUCACUGCUGUGCAAUGAGCAUUCAGCAAUGCUGACAAUGUCUGUGUUACAAGGACUUGCCUGGUCUCUAGCCUUGUGACUGUCAGGUGGAAUUCAUCCGAGCGAUUUCAUUGCGUCGUGGUGGAAGGAUGGUUGUUGUUGCCGCUGCUGUUGUCAUUGUCGGCACUGCUGUUGUUGCCAUUGCUGCCAUAAUCACAGUCAGCGUUAGCUUUCAUGUCUCCGUAAGACAAGGUAGCUCAGACACUGGCAUUGGCUAAGUACAUGCCUGCUAGUGACGGAGCUGUACCGUCUCGACCUCUGCAAGCGCUGCUGCUAUGGACAGCGCCCCGGGCCAGUAACCUGAGCAAGAGAUGUAUAUAUUCCCAUGUUGCCCUGUAUUGUGAUUCACAUGUUGCUCUUUCUCUCUCUCUCGCCAUCGACGUGACUAACUGCCGGGCUGUGCCCCAUGGUCUGAAUGUGGAAGUACAUAUCAGCCUUUGCACUGCCAAUCUUGGAUCACUACAGCCUGGUGGAAUACUUGCUGUUCCUGCAUCACCAAUCACGGAUCAGUACAGCCUGGUGGCAUACUUGCUGUUCCUGCAUCACCAAUCAUGGAUCACUACAGCCUGGUGGAAUAUUUGCUGUUCCUCCAUCGCCAAUCACGGAUCAGUACAGCCUGGUGGCAUACUUGCUGUUCCUGCAUCACCAAUCACGGAUCACUACAGCCUGGUGGCAUACUUGCUGUUCCUGCAUCACCAAUCACGGAUCACUACAGCCUGGUGGCAAUCGUUCUGGUCCUUCACUGUAACCGGAUUCCGUCCUCGGUAUCACUGCUGCAAUAUAGUUUUGGAAAUCACACCAUCCCACGCUGUUAUAACGUACGCUUUCAAUGAUGUUCUUAGUGCUGCGCUGUGUAGUUUUUAACAAUGCAUGUAACGUGUUUAGCCUCCAGCUGCUGGUCGGCCAGGAGUAGGUAGUUCACUAGGUUCUUCUCAAUAGUAACACUUGUCUAGACGCUCACACUGUGUUCAGCAGCUGCUGUGUUCAGUAGCUGCCGUGUAUACAUGCAACCUGAGCUGAGCUGCACGCUGUAGCAGUGUAUACAUGCAACCUGAGCUGAGCUGCACGCUGUAGCAGUGUAUGCAUGCAACCUGAGCUGAGCUGCACGCUGUAGCACACGGCAGACUGCUGUGCACGUAAACAUUCACGAUGACGUAUUCCAGCCUCGAUCUCUAACCGAUAUGACUAACAGGCAGUGAGCUGUGUGACGUUGUUUGGCUUCGUAUCUACAUGCACUCAGUAGUUGUGUCGUUACCAGUGUUGUUUUAUUGGUUUUAUCUUGCUUCCAUGUCCUCUGCUCGUCACCUCCUUCCGCUGCACACCUGCUACCGCUGUCCGCUGUCCAACGAAUGCCAUCCUAAGCAUAGUGAGUACGUCAAAGUGCA